AUGGCGACCUCCACAUCGUCCCCGUCAAACCCUUCAAAACCGUUCGACAUUGUCGCAACAUACAAUGAACUCCUACGCUCCGAUCCGGACUUGACAAUGCCUAUUGCCGCUAUCGAGGCUCUAGUCCUUCUUCUCACUCACUCGCCAUCGUCAACAAUAUCCGAGACCCUCGACCUUUUGGAAAAGUCCACCGCACACCUGAAGAAGUCGAUCCCAAAUCCUAUCGGCCUAUCAGCCGGCACAGAUCUUUUCCAGAGAUAUCUGAUUACAACUUUACAAAGACCCGGGCAGUUGGGGCCAGCUGGAGACUUCAAUGCGAUCAGAGCGCAUUUGCUCUCAAAUGGUCGGCUGUUUAUCAGACGGGCUAAGGAGAGUCGCGACAAGAUUGCUGCGUUUGGUCGAGGUUUUAUCAGAGACCGAUGCACAGUUCUUACAAAUGGUGGAUCGAGAGUCGUUGCUUCGCUGCUACAGAAGGCCGCGGAUGAGAAGGGCGGGCCCUCAGCCGUCCGUUUCCGCGUGAUCUAUGUGCUCUCAUCGGCCAACGGCAACGUUGAGAGCUCCCGUGCCGAACCGGAGGGCAUGGAGACAGUGCGUGCCCUUCGUGCAAAGGGUGUUCCCGUAGCGACGAUCUCCGAGUCGGCUGUUGCAUAUUCUCUUGGAAAGGCGGACAUGGUUAUUGUAGGCGCUGAGGGUGUGGUUGAGAAUGGAGGCAUCGUGUCGCGCAUGGGAACCUACCAGAUUGGUCUCCUUGCCAAGGCAAUGGGCAAGCCAUUUUACGUGGUUGCUGAGAGCCACAAGUUCGUUCGGUCGUACCCCCUUGGACAGUACGAUCUUCCCAUCGAGCAGCGUGUUAUCGACUUCAAGACAGAGGAGGAUAUCGCAGACGAAGCCAAGCAGCAACCAGUGGAGUCCCCAAGCACAUCAGAGCUGGAGGGAGUCUCCAGCUUGAAGACGGGAGGCCGCUCCGAUGUGGUGGACUUUACACCACCUCAUCUGAUUUCCGCGUUGAUCACGGAUAGCGGCGUGCUAACGCCAAGUGCAGUCAGUGAAGAGCUCAUCAAGAUCUGGUUCUGA